ACUGCUUCGGGGGCAGUUGGUGCCUGAGGCCAUACAUCUACCCAAUCAUCCGACUUCAGCCCUGCAAUUAAUUUGUGUUGUACCCACUGCCUUCCUGCAUGUCGAUGGGCGGAGAGCAUCAUUGGGUCCAUUCGGUGGUCACCGCACGACACCAACAACAAAAUGUUCCUCUUGAACAAGGACGAAAAGUCGCCCCCGAAAUGCUACUUCACCUCUUCGUCCCUCGCAGCAUAUAUCGAUCAUGCUCAGAUCCCACGCAAGAAGAAACCCUUCUCUACAAUCCUCGCCCAUACCUUCACUCAUACUCUUGACAUCGCGCUUCCCAACCCAAGCGCCGAAACUCUGCAAAAGGUCUUGAGCAAUGCCAAAGACGGGACUCUUCACUUCGCCAAAGUUUACCUCAAGCUUGAAGACAUCCUCACCGGUGACUUCUUCAAUGCCUACAUCAAGACCGGGAACAUCUUAAUGCUCUCUGAAGGUAGACCAGGCGUGGACCCUGUCUUCUCACUAUCCGAUGGCAUCCUGCGCCUGGAAAUUGACAGACCAACGUUUGAGCGUGUGGGGUUGGAAGGCAAGCCGAUCCCAAGUGCCGGAAGGAAGCACAUCAAAGUCAGAUAUGCGGUCGAGCUCAAUCUUAGACUCCCGUCUAUGGUCCGCGGCAAGCCUGGAUUCGAAAGAGUCCUCUGGGCCGCACGGAACGUCUUGAAUCACAGCCUCGCCUGGGUUUUCUGCAACCUGCGCGAACCAAACGAUAGCGCUGGACCUAUCGCGCAGCACCAGCCGGUAUGGAAGACUUCUCAACCACAAGUGGAGACUCUACGCAACGUUUUGAUACCACCCUUCCCCGACCACGUGUCUGAAAAUGACCACGAAACGGCCGAGGAGUUGCUGGAAUGGCUGAGUCUGGUCAACAUCCUCUCCCCUCGGGUGCAGAAGGGCGACAAUGUCGAUCCCGCUAUCAGUCGAUACGAAGUACCCACCACCAGCAACGAAUCAGCAGAAGGAAGCACUCGGGAUCUUGUGCGACUUCGAUGGCGGGGUUUCAUGCCAUCUGCAUUCAUCGAAAAGCUUCUACUGGCAACGCUAAAAUCCGUCGGAGAGGACUGGUAUGCAAUUGCCGCUCGCAGCUUCGAUGGUCAGGCGUACACGAUCCUGCAAAACGGCAGCCACACGAUGACCUGGGAAUAUCAAGGAUGAGGGUCGUCCGACGUGGUAAUAGCUACAUGCUAUCACAUUACUGCAUCGGUACGACGCUCGCAAGCACAUUCUGCAGCGGUGUGAGAACUUCGUCAGCCCCGGACCACCUGUCGCCAGCCGUGCUGACGGCCUUGACCAACAGCGGAUACAAAUACCGCAAAUGAGCUCGGUCUCGACUCAUCACCAUACCGCUCGCAUCGGCUCCUCCCAACACCUCCUCACCACAGCGAAGUUCCUUGAUGGCGGUAAAGCAGAAAAGCAGCUCCUCCAAUUCCGACAACGGCUGCGGUCUGCGUCCGCGUAGCGGCUGGUCGGCAAUGUAAGCUCGAAGCGGAAUCGCCAGACGCAGGAUGAGAAACGGCGCCGCUGCUUUGGCGAGGAGCUUGCUUUCGCUU